AUGUCGCGAAACGGCACCAGCUCCGUGUCGGUGGGCCCUGCACCCUCGACCGGGGCUGGCGGCGCGCCAUCCGACGAGGACGAGACGUGCCCCGUGUGCAAGACGACGCGCUACUUCAACAGGGACAUGGAGUUCCUCAUCAACCCCGAGUGCUACCACAGGAUGUGCAAGACGUGCGUGGAGCGCAUCUUCAAGGACGGCCCGAACCAGUGCCCCUACGCGACGUGCCACAAGACGCUCCGCCUGAGAGGCUUCAAGUCGGCCUUCUUCGCCGACCUGGCGGUCGAGAGGGAGGUGGACAUCCGCAAGCGCGUCAGCCAGGUCUUCAACAAGGUCGAGGACGACUUCGAGACGCUCGACGACUACAACGACUACCUCUACAUGGUGGAGUGCCUGACCAGCGACCUGGUGGGCGGCACCGCCGACGCGCGGGCCAAGGCCGAGGCGCAGCUGGCCGAGUGGGAGGCCCAGCACAGGGCCGAGAUUGAGCGCAACAAGAGGCUGGCCCGCGAGUCGGACGAGGCUCGCCAGAAGCGCCUGGCCGCCGAGCAGGAGGCCGCGCGGCAGCGGCGGCUGCGCGAUCUCCAGCAGGAGGUGGCCGAGAAGGCGAGCGCCGCCCGGUUCCGCGAGGAGAUGCUCGACUCGCUGCAGAGCGCCGAGGUCGGCCACGCCGCCGAGGCCCUGGACAAGGUCCUGCUCAAGAAGCGCGGGCAGCAGAGGCGGGGCCCGCCGGCCCGAGAGGGCCUGGCGUCCGCGCCGGGCGCCGGGCUCUCCAUCCGCGGCCUGCGAGGCAAGACCCGCGGCGGCGGCGCCGCCGCCGACGGCGACGACGACAGCAGAAAGCCGUACGACCCGUUUGGCGGCCUGGACCUGGCCCCCGAGCGCGUCGACCUGUCGCCCGACAAGCUGCAGGGCUACCGCAGCGAAUGGGUCGACGUGACGAGGUCCAAGAGCGACUACCUCGUCGGCGGCUACAGCGCCGACGAGUACAUCUCGCGGGCCCUGUACGAAGCCUUUUCGGGGCUGGGCGUCUUCAUCGCCGACGACAAGCCGGGCAGAAGCGUCCCUGUGGGGGCGAAAUAA